AUGGCGCCCUCCAAGCUCGUUUGGGCAGUGUCUUUGCUCGCAACGACGCAAGUGAGUCAAGUUUGGGGAAAGAUUAAUGUUGGGCCAAAUUUCAAGUAUCCUAUCGAAGACCUGGACUAUGACUUGCCCUUCUCUAACAUAGUUACUUUCGCACAUCUACCAUGGGAGCGAUGCUUCAAUCUCAAGCAUGACAGUGCCUUUGACAUCGCCGUUGUUGGCUUCCCCUUCGAUACCACUGUCAGCGUCAAGCCCGGGGCAAGAUAUGGACCCCGAGGUAUCCGAUCAGGAAGCACAAAAGAAAAGCCUGGCCGAACAUAUAACGUCAACUAUAAUCUUGAUUGGCAUCAAAACUGGGCAAGGAUAAUUGAUUGUGGCGAUGUCCCUGUCACACCUUAUGACAAUGCACACGCAUACAAACAAAUGGAGCAAGGCUACCGCAUGCUCCUGCAUAAACCCGUCACCCUGACCUCCUCCAGCCCGCCAUCCCUGGACAAAGUCACCCACCCACGCCUCAUAUCUAUGGGAGGCGACCAUUCCAUCAUGCUCCCGAUCCUACGCUCCCUGAAAUCCGUCUACGGUCCCAUCUCCGUCAUCCACUUUGACUCGCACCUCGACUCUCUUAACCCGACAAAAGGCUACAGCGGCGUGGUAUCGGAACAAUCACAGUUCACUCACGGCACCUUCUUCUGGCACGCAGCCCAAGAAGGCUGCAUCGCCAACUCCUCCGUGCACGGCGGCUUGCGCACUAAACUCUUCUCGCCAGCCGACUAUGCCAAUGACGCCGAGGUGGGCUUCUCCCUGAUCCACGCACGCGAUAUCGACGACAUUGGCAUACAGGGCAUCAUUGAAAAGAUCCGCGCCGCGGUGGGAGAGAGCAUGGCGUAUAUUUCUGUGGACAUUGAUGUUUUAGAUCCGAGCGCGGCCCCGGCAACGGGCGCUCCUGAGGCUGGAGGGUGGACGACGAGGGAAUUCAAGCGGAUUCUGGAGGGUAUCAAAGAUUUGAAUCUGGUGGGGGCUGAUGUUGUGGAGGUGGCGCCCGAUUACGAUACCAAUGCAGAGAUCACGUCGAUUGCGGCGGCUGAUAUCAUGAUAGACAUCAUCUCGGCCAUGGUGGAGAAAGGCCCCUUGGGGUCUGAGAAGUUCGACCUUAAGGGAAACGGUGGUAAGGACGAGUUGUGA